AGGCAGACUGGCAGAUGUCUAUUAUUUCCUUCCCUCCCACUCUUUUGAUGGUAAAGGUAAGAUGAAUCGCUACACUACUCCUUCACAUCACAGAUCGGCGGAAAGAAGUCCGCGUGAUGUCGGAUCCCUUGAGUGUUGCGGCAUCAGUCGCGGGAUUGAUCGCAUUAUCCGGCAGCAUAUACGUGACUAUAUCGAACUUCGUUGCUGAAUUCAACGAGGCCCCCCAAUCCGCUUACUCGCUACUUCUUAGUGUUUCCGAGAUGAGACUAGCCCUCACAGCUGUAUCGAAGUUAAUAGACUCUUUUCGGAAUAUAUCGCCAACUAGAAGAGCGAUGGUUCAGCUAGACCAUCUUGUCAUGUGCUUAACACAGCUGGUAAUCACCUUUGACGAAUUGAAACAAUUCGUCAGCACUUGGCCCGAGAAGAUACAGUCUGGGCUAUGGAAUAGAUGGCGGUUCUCUUACAUGAAAGAAAGGAUGUUGAAGCUGAGUACAAAAAUUCAGGAACAUAAAACUUCUACAAGUUUGCUACUAAACAUCCUUCAAUGUGAGUCUGACAUUGAAGCCCGAAGAUCUGGAGAUUCACUUCAUGUUAUGAUGGAAAGGGCGCUACAGGAGAAUCAGAAUCUUCAAGACCAGAUAAGGGAUCUUGGAGGUAUGGUAAGGAGUACGGCUCAAUCGGUGAGAAGCCUCACGGUAUCCGAGCCUCCUCACCGUAACCCUGGUUACAGGAGUACACCGGUUGGCUUGGAGGACAUCGAAGAAGACGAUGCAUCUACAAUCCGAUAUGCACCGAAGCUGGCAGACACACUCAGCAUUUCCAAUAGUACUCGUCAAACCACUAGGACACGUUCAAUCUCCGAUACACUGAUGACGCGCAAGCUGAGACCAAGGCGGUUCAGUGCGCCUAAAGAAUUCAACCUAGUCAACAACACCAUAUUCGAACGGCCCUUCGAGAAUGAGUUGGCACAUUCCCCAGUAUAUGCUCGAAUAAGAGGAAAUGAAUGUGAUGUGUCAUUCACGACCAGUCAGCCAAUGAGUGGCUUCUGGAGUAUGCUGUCAGGCCUAAGUCUAAGCCAGAUAUCCAACAUAUCAGUCAUUGCCCUACCAAUAAGUUCAGGAGACAUCGCAAGCAUUUCGUGGUAUGAGACAGAGCCGAAGAAGGUCUUCAUUACGGGUCCUCGAUAUAUUUUCAAGAUAGCGAUUCUCGGACUGAGAAAGUCUGGGAAGUCUGCCUUAACAACUAGGUUUUGCUUCGACCAUUUUUAUGAGACGAUUCAAGUUAACAUGAUAGGUGUUCACAAGAAGACCACCAUCGUCGAUGAGAGUCACUGUCUUAUCCGCGUAAUCGAUACGCCAGCGUGGACUGGUACACCAGCGUGGACUAAUAUGCUAGCAUUGUCCGACCUUGCUCCGACUGGUCCUCAAUACACCAUUUUUAAGGCAAUAAAAGAAGCCGAUGGCUUCAUAAUCGCAUGCCCGGUGUUUAUCAAAGAUUCUGACUCCCAAUACACCCAGCUCGCUUCGCUGCAUGAUUUCAUCCUUCGAGUUAAGGGGGAAGCCUGGACGGUGAACAAAGCAAUAGCUAUUGUGGGAACUAUGUCCGAUCUAAGACACAAAUCAUAUGGUACAGCCAGGGAGUUUGCAGACGAAACUCGCUGUGACUACUUUAGUUGCUCAGCUCAGGAAGGUACAGAUAUUGAGGAACCUUUUUAUCAUCUCGUAAGGAAGAUGUCUCAGUGUAGAUGAUCACCACCAGCUUUAUCACCCACUCCAGUUGUGGAAUCACCUCUUCAAAGCUAAGUCUCUUGGACAUUAGACUAAAGAGAGCAUGACUGUAUAACCCUAUGACCUCAUUAGCAUAGGUCCCUAUCCGAGGCGUCUUGAUGAGACCACACACGUGUAGAAGAAGGAGCACUGGGUACUAAGAUAUGUAUCUAACCUACUACCAUACCCGAGCUACACGAAGUACCGCUAUAAAUCAAACUACCUAACCUACUUAUAUUUCAGGAUGGGUUGC